GCCUGGGCUCCCUCCUUCUUCAACGAUCCCAAUUUCUACGAAAAUGGCCUUUCUGCACCCUACGAUAAAUUCAUUUCUCCUGUUAACAGCAACGCCAGCAAACCACACGCAACAAGUCCAUACUCCUUCUCUGAUCCAUGGGGCUACUCAUCAGAACCUAUGUCGGAAUCUGAAUUAGCUCCUCUACCUCCUCCCUCUACCACAGUCCCCCCUCUCUUCGAUUCUACCAACACCACCCUAUUACUUCGAGGGUCAGUCAAUGCUGCUACGGCGUCUUCUAGUAGCUAUGCUAUUAAACGCUCGGCUGCUGCAGCUCUCUCUGCUCGAAGCAGCGUUGGUGCGAGUGGAAGUGGCUCUGGUCCUCCGGCGAAGAGGAAGAGGCUGACUGGAGCAGCUGCGAUGGCUGCUAAGAGAUCGGCGAGUAAUAAGGCUGCUGCCGCGGCGGCAGCGGCGGCUGCUGCUGCGUUGGCCAAAUCGACGGUCAGUAGUAGUGGAAGGGUCUCCCAUCUUGACAGUGAUGAAAAAUCUCUUCCCGCAUCUGCCACUCACGAUCGAUUAGAAGCUGCCACUGUACCUGCUGGUCCAUCUACUUCCACCACUACCUCCUUCACUACCAUCUCUAGAAAUCAAAAGGCCUGUCUUCCACGCACCUUCUUCACUCGUGACGUUCGUGCCAUCACUGGCAGCUCAGCCGCUGCUGCCUCACAGAGUAGUGGCAGUGGCAGUUUCGGGUCUUCUGCUUCCAGUAGUAGCUCCUACUUCACCCCCACAGCACGGUUCCGUAGAACCACAGCAGGAGUGUCAAAUUUCUCUCGACUUAGUGGGGUUACGGGUGCCGCUGGAGGUGCAAGUUUGCCUGGAGGUGGAGCCGCAGGUGUUUACGCUGCAUUGAAUAAUCCUCAUCUCCAUGCGAAAUAUGCACUGCCAAUGAUAGGAAAGUCGUCGAUGGUGGCAUCGGUGAAUGCUAUACCAUCAACUCAAAGACAGGUUAAGUUAGCAAUGCAAAGGUGUCGUGGCGUAGACGAGCGAAGUGAGAGUAAUGGUAAUCUUUCUAUCGCAAUACUGCGCAACGCUCAACUCUCACUCACCACUAUCAUUCCUACCCAUGUGACCUUGUUAGUGACUUUGUCCCCUAUUGGUCCGCGUCUCUCGUCAAAACAUCCUAUUUUUCACGCCUUGGCCAUUCAUACGGCUUCUGGUAUCGUGUCCUUCAAGUUUGGAUCGGCCGGUCAUGCCAGCACCUCAUUUAAUGAUGCCAAAUCGCCAGAAUGGACGCCUCUCGAAGAAGCUGCUUUACUCAUGUACACCAAUAAGUUAUUGGAGGCGCCCACCUCUACUACCAAUUCCCACCAUCAUCAUUCUUCGGGUUCCAGUACGUCUACCACCUCUUCGUCCGGUCUACGAGUGCCUAAUUUCCGACUGGCAGAGCUCUGUCUCAAUUCCUUUAUUGCUAUGCGCGCCUACAGAAAUGCACGUCAGUGUCUCAUAGCCUACUGUCGCAUUAACUCUGUUGUUGUCAACUCGUCUCCCAACGACCUUCUACCUCAUCCACUUGGAGAUAUUGACAAAACGGGUCAACCUCAACACCACCACCAGGCACAACACGGCGUUGGUAGAAAGGUAAAGAAUAAGAUGAAGAGCGGUUUGUCCUCCACGCCUCUCGUCUCAUCUUCGUCCGGUAUUGCGCUCCAUGGUGGUUCCUCUCUUGGUGUUCCUGGUGGGGCGGGAGAUUCGCCGGAUGCUGGUUCCACAUCUGGUACUGUCAACAAACUUCGUGGAUAUCAACACUUCUUGUAUCUCCAGUCACAGCUAAACUCUAUGAAUAUCACAGUUCAAUCGUCGACUCCUGUGUCAUCGGCCACAAAUGUCAGCAAUCUGGACAGCCAGUCAGUCAAUAUGAUGCGACGCUGCAUUCGAGAGUGCUCGCUCAAACAUUCGAGCCACCCAACUGGUGCUCCGGGUAAUAACAAGCAUCCCCUGCAAUUCCAUCCCGCAUCGGCAUCGUCUACUACCCACCAUCACUUGCAGUCAGCUGUCGGGCAGAUUGGCAGUGGUAGUGGUCAGAGAUCAGGAGGUGUGGGUCCAGUGGCCACUACAGCCACUAUGCUCAUGAGAAAUGCAGCUGCUGCGGUUGCCAGUGGUAGUGCUGGUGGCCCACAGCAACAACAACAGUUGACUAUGCCAGCGCCUUUGAUUCAGAAGAAUCCUUCGCAUAUCGCUGCUUUACAAGAGUGUAACAUAAGUCCAGACAAUCUCAUCACUCCAGCAAUGGUGAUCAAGAAUAAGGAAGAACGCGAGACGCGUCAACGCACAGAGGCUGCCAAUGCUGCGAACGUGGUGGCCGCUGCCUCUGCCUCCCUAACAGGAGCUGGCAACGUCGCUUCAACAUCUUCAACUGUCACUGUCAUGGCGACACCAGCAGCUCCUGCUGCCUCCACUACAGCUGUAGUUGUCGGCCACCCACAGACUGUAUCCUCUGCCGCUGCUGCUGCUGCUGCCCGGGGUAUACACCAUUCGCAGCAACAACACCCCACGAUUGUCACCAUCUCUGGCACUGGUCAGGCUUCCGGAUCGACUUCUGGAACUGUCACUGGGGCUGCUAUUCCACGAUCUGCAAACAUCUUGCCAUUCUCCGCGUCGUCAUCAGUCAGCUACCAUGGAGGAAGUAGUGGUUCGCCAACAGUAUUCCGCUACACUACUCCAAGCACCCCUGGUCGUCAGGUUGCUACCACGGCAGCCACUACAGGUAUUCUACGUCGUGUAACGGGUCCAGGCGGUACAGCCCAAUCUGUAUUUGCAGUUACUCCUGCUGCUGGGACCGUCAUUUCGAACACCGGUGGAACAACAGUUAUGCGCCGAAGUGUGACAUUAACUCCAGCUGGUUCAUCACAGUCACAGAGUAGUAGCGGUGGUGUGAAUGCGGCUACUGGAGGAAGUGGUGGUGUCACAGUUCUCGCCGCCGCUAGUGGUACGCGUCCCGGUUCAGUGAUCUAUCAUCAACAUCACACUCAAGGCACUACUGGAGCUCCCACCGGAAUAACCCUUUUGCCCGCUGCAAACGCUCAAGGCCUUCCGCAGAUCAUUCGACCUCGACAACAAUUCCGACCCGGUGCGCCAUUACCCGCGCAGCGUUUUGUCCGGACGUUCUCUGCCACUGGUGCGUCCUCGUCUCCCAUUGGUGGUUCAGGCUCAUCUGGAUCGACGCCCCCAACAACGACCCUAGUCCACCGGACACGUGAUGGUCUCUAUGCCUCACCCGCCCAACAUCAACAAUCACAACAGCGAGGCAACGUAGUUGUUUCCGAGUCCCAAAUCCUCCUUCAACGCAUCCCAAGUAAUGCUCAACGGCGCCAUGGUGGCGCUAUUACUACUCAUCCAAAUUCAGUAGUUGCUAGACAUCAAUCACAGCAACAGCAGCCACCUUCAAAUCCAAGAUAA